UGUGUCGCGAGCUGUGGAUACUCAGAAACUCGGUUUCAACGCACACCGAAAACCAGCACUCUGGCUUCUCCUGCAGUAAACAGUUUAACAGCCUUUAUCAUUUAGGAACGGCGCGCUCUGGGAUUUUAUAGUCAAGUUGCCUCAGAAACCAACCGGCAGGUGAAGUUGACUGUUCCUCACUUCAGCGCAACCUAUUUGGCGUUGAUGGUGGGAGAUGCUGUCAGGAUGGAGCUGAGCAGAAAGGAAGUGCCUCUCUAUGGUCAGGUUGAGAUCUGUGUGGAGCUGGAGCCAGGUCCUGGUCCAGAGGGGGCUGAGUACUAUGUGGUUUUAGAGGGAUCCACUUUAGACCACGUGACCGCAGCACGCUGGACUGCUGAUGGAAAGUCUUUGGUUUUUAAUGCACCAGGGCAUAACCUGGCGGAGAGUGUGUCUGUGGGAGUGUUUGUGUGUGGGGGGGGCGAGGAGACGGCAGAAGUGACCCCACCGUCCCCCGCGUGUCCCCCCCUCUCUCUGAGAUACGUGCGGGACGAGGUCCAGGGCCUGGCCGAGCUCCUCAUGGACCAGUCCGCCUCGCUGAGUCCCGUCCUGAGGAGACGCGGCCCGGGAGAGGGGCCGGAGGUGGGCCAGACCAGGCACGGAGCCGGGGCGGACCUCGGAACCUCCAGCCUCGGCGGAACCGAGUGGCACCCAGCCGGCCGAGACACAACGGCCGAUGGAGAGACGGCUGCGGCAGGAGAACCUUCCGGAAGGGAGUGGUGGGGAGCAGAGCUGCCAGUAGACAACCUGAAGGAGCUGGACGGGCCGCUGACCCUAGCGCUGGCCAACAUGACCUCCCCCAGUGAAUGGAACGGGCUCGGGACCAAACACUCGGAAGGUCAAGAUGACCUGUCCAGAGAGACUCCUCUCCACCUGGCGGCGCGGUUGGGUCUGCCUCAACUCUGCCACUUCCUAGUUCAGCAGCCUGGGGGUCAAAAGGUCGUGACCUUGCCUAACGAGGAGGGUGACACGCCCUUGCGCCUGGCCGAGAAGAGAGGGGACGAGACCGUUCUCGCAGCGCUCACACCGGCCUUGGAUACCUCCCCUGCUGCCCCCAUAUCCCAGGUAUGGGUGGACAGCUCCAGUGUUCUGCGUGUGUGUUCUACCAGCAGGACUCCAAGUCUCACAACCAAACACACCAUCGGUACACACACAGACCCAUGUGUGCACAUACACACGUACAGGCAGAGGGUGCAGGACUGGACAGCACUCUCUGAUACAAGAGGAGAAAGGGAAGACGCCAGAGGGGAGAGGAGAGAGGCGGAGGACAGCAGAGGACACAGCAGCUUUGGAGAUAUGAGGAGGGAUUUGUUCAUUGAAGACCAAGUGUUUGCUGACAAUGUGUUUGAAGAGCAGCUCGUUCUCUCUCUGGAUGAAGAUGACGACUUGAUCCCUUCCAGACCAGAGAAUUCCUGCUCUCCCACAGCUUCCUCCAAGCAAGGACACACGCGCACACACCCCACUGUGUCUGCUGCUGCGCGCCUCAGUGCCAUGCUCAAUGGGAAAGGACACGUUAACGACCCUGACGAGAAGAUGCCAGUUGCCGGGGUGACGGCCUGCAGCACGACCACAGACGGGGAGACAGGCUCUGCUCCCCCCGGCGCCACGGAAACGCCCCCUCCUGGUGAAGAUGAGAAGCGCUCCACCUCUCCCUCUCUCUCCUCCUCCUCUCCUCUCUCAUCCCCUUCUCCCGCCGACAUGGCACUAGCCAGACUCCUGCGCUCCUCGCGCUCCGAAUCCACCAAUCAGGCGCAGAGACAGCCCUCAGGGUCAUGUGACCUCAGCCUCAGCCCCACGCUGGUGGCCCUGGAGGUGGACAGUGAGGAAGAGGAGGAUGAGGUCCUGAUGAAGACGCCGCUGCCCCAGCUGUUGGAGCCCAGCGGAGACGAGAGGGACGGCGCUGACCACCCCCCCGAGCUGAGCUGCACGCGCACUCUCUCCGCCUCCGCUGCCCAGAGCCACACCUCUGCAAAGAACACGGCGGACAAUGGGGUUCGUCUGCGCUCCUACUCAUACUCCUGCCCGAAGAUCAGAGGAUUGCCUUCUCGUUUCAGCCGAGAGGCACACACACACACCCCCGAAAUCACACCAGAUGGCGCCUUCCCCAGCAGCAGUGGCAGCCGGUCUCUCUUGCAGGCUCUGUCUCUGUCUAAAUCUCUCUGCAUCCUCAACCCCGUUAAGCAGAGAGUACUUGGACUCACUGAAUCGGCACAGGAGAAAAGGAUCGAGGAGGAGGAGUGGGACAGGUACAUCAUCCCGUCCAAGAACGAGUCGGAGAAAUACAAAGUCAGCCGGACGUUCAGCUUCCUGAAGAGCCGCAUGUCCAGCACGCGCAACAAGAACAAGGGAAAGGCGAAGGACCGCGAGGGGAAGGACAGGCAGUCCAAUGGACACCUCUUCUCCUCCGGGUCCUGCGCUGGACAGUCCAUUUGCCUGGUGUGUGACAAGCCGGCCGCGGGGAAGGAGUUGCUGCACUGCUCUAACUGCACUCUCACGGUCCAUAAAGGCUGUCGGGACUCUGUCACGCCGUGUCUCAAGAAACUCCAGGAUAAAUAUUCAGUUUCCAGUAUAAAGUCCAGAACCUCAUCUCUACCACAGAACUUUACUGUGCGUGAGAGUAGCACUAGUGUGUCCCCAUCGGCGUCACUCCCAGUGAUGGUAUCCCGGGACAACCGCAAAGACUCCUCCUCCCAGGCCGGUUCCCUGUCCAGGAGCUUUCCCACGCCAUCAGAACGCCUCAGCGAGAGUCCAGAGGGAGACACGGACUCCGCAUCUUGGAGAAACAACAGCCAAUCAGAUGAGACUCUCCAGAAAGCAGAAUCGUCCACGUCCACAGACUCCUCCAUCGUCGAGGAUGUGGUGGACUCUCCGCUGCAGAGCGAGCUGGGCGCAGACGCCGCGGAGCUGGAGGCCGAGUCCUGGAGCCUGGCCGUGGACACACACUUCAGCAAGGGCCAGGACAAGCUCAUCAUCAAGAGACAGGACGUCAUCUACGAGCUGAUGCAGACGGAGCUGCACCACGUCCAGACGCUGUCCAUCAUGGCCGAGGUCUUCAGGCGGGGCCUGAGAGAGGAAGUGCAGCUGGACGCCGACGCCAUUGGUCGGAUCUUCCCCUGCCUGGACGAGCUCGUCCCUCUGCACCGGGACUUCCUGUCCGCCAUGAGAGAGCGGCGCCAUAGCUCCGCCCACCCGGACGGGGACAGGAACUACAUCAUCCAUCGCAUCGGGGACAUCCUUCUGCAACAGUUCUCUGGUGAGAAUGCGGAGAGGAUGAAGCAGGUGUAUGGUCAGUUCUGUGGUCACCACACCGAGGCGGUCAGCUUCUUCAAGGAACUGCAACAGCAGAACAAACGUUUCCAGACUUUCAUCAAACAACAGAGCAGUAACUCGCUGGUGCGGAGGAGAGAGAUCCCAGAAUGCAUUCUGCUGGUGACACAGCGCAUCACUAAGUACCCAGUCCUCCUGGAGAGAAUUCUGCAGUACACACAAGAGGGCACACUUGAGCACGUGGAGGUGUCCCGCUCGCUGGUUCUGAUCCGAGAGCUGAUCGCGGCGGUGGACCAGCAGGUGCGCUGGUGUGAGCAGGAGCAGCGGCUGCAGGAGGUUCUGGCCCGGCUGGAGAACAAGAGCACCGCCAAGCUGAAGAACGGACACACCUUCCGCAAGCAGGACCUGCCGGCCCGCGGACGCACGCUCACACACCAGGGCGUCGUCUACUGGAAGACCGCCACCGGGAGGCUGAAAGACGUGCUGGCUCUGUUGCUGACAGACACACUCAUCUUCCUGCAGGAGAAGGAUCAGAAGUACACCUUUGCUGCUGUGGACCAGAAGCCCCCGGUGAUCUCGCUGCAGAAGCUGAUAGUGCGUGAGGUGGCCAAUGAGGAGCGUGGCAUGUUCCUGAUCAGCGCCUCGUCUGCAGGCCCAGAGAUGUACGAGGUGCACACCGCCUCCAGAGACGACCGCAACACCUGGAUGAGACUCAUCAGGGAGGCCGUGGAGAGUUGUCCAGAGGAAGAUGAGGAGAACACCAGUGAGUCUGAGGAGGAGAAGCGCGUCUCUGAAGCCAGAGUGCAGAGGAUUCAGCAGAUACAGGAGUCUCUGGCCAGUCAGGACCAGCUGAUCUGUUCCAAUCUGGAGGAGAAGCUGCAGAUCUACUCGGAGCUCAACUCGCUCUGCGGAGCCGGCGCUCCCGGAACGUCGGAACCGGAGAACCGUCUGCUGGUGCGGCCGAACUCAGAGGAGACUCCACAGGCCACGGCACUGCUGGACGCCGCACUCAGAGAGGUGGAGACCCUGAAGGCCACUCUUUUGUCCUACUGUGAGUCUCUCUCCACCCCCCCUCCCCAAAAGAGCCCCAACCUCUCAGUGGAGCUGACCCCCCCACGGAGCCCCAAAGCCUCUCCCGACCAGGAGCCCUCCCCGCUGGACUCCCCCCUACAGGACGACCCCUUCGGCCCCCACACCCCCGCAUCACCCCACACACCUGUAGAGGACCCACCGAACGUCAACGUGAAGGUAUGUCAGAGUGUCCAGAGUCUGACCCAGUUACUCUACAGUCUGCAGGCUGCCGUCACCAUACAGGACAGCUGCUACGAGAUCCAGAAGGUUUUUCUCUCCUCCAGUCCCCGCCCCUCUCCGCCUGGCCCCUCCCACACCCGCCAGGGCUCCUCCUCCUCCUCUUCCGCUGCGUCCUCGUCGUUGGCGUCCUCGUCACUGUCGUCCUCGUCGGCAACGGGCGGUCUCCGCGGCAACGCACUGCAGGAGCAGGAGCGCCAUCGCGAGGCGGAGCGUCGGCGCGAGGAGUUGGCCCAGGUGGCGCGGCUGCGGGCGCAGGUGGCCCAGGAGCGCCAGCAGCUGGAGCGCGAGCGCGGCGCCCGGCAGCUCCAGCAGGAGGCGACGGAGAGCCGGCUGGAGGAGCGCGAGCAGCACUGCCACCUGGAGGCGGAGCGGCUGCGGCGCGAGCGGCUGCUGCUGGACGAGCAGCAGCAGGACUACCAGCUCAGCCUGGAGCGGCUGAGGGAGGGCCAGCGCAGCGUGCAGCGGGAGCGCCAGCGGCUGGACACGCAGAGCGAGCUGCUGCAGACCUGGAGGCAGAGGAGCCUGCCCAUGGUCAUACCUCUGGACGCCAUACAGGACAUGGACGUGCCUCUUCCCGAAGGCGGCUCUGUGUUUGUCAACGAGGCGGCGUUCCACACGUCCUCCCUCAACAACCGCCACCUUCAUCACCAUCACCACCAUCAUCAUCCUCACGGCGUCCAGGCCGCCAGCGUGACUCUCCCGACGCGCGCCGGUCCGCUGGGCUCGGCCGACCCGCUCUCACACACACACAACAGCAUCAACUCCCUGCUGGACCGCUCCGCCCAGCGCUCACACUCGCUCACACACGGCCCCCACCCGGCUGCUGAGGCCACACACACCCGGACCGCAAGCCUGUCAGCAGACCAACCUGGCACAGAACUGAGCAUGUCCAGCAUCGGCAGGGAGGGCUGGUCACCGGGGACGACCUUUCAGAAUUUCCCCCAAACCUUCCUGUUGGACCCGUACAUCACCAUGGAAACGGAGGUUGGGGAGGACGGUGUGGAGGAGAACAUCGUCUAUCUCUGACAGCCCAACCCCGCUCAUAAAAAAAGACUCACAGAAACACUCGGAAAUACUCACACGGCAAACAACUCCUCCACAAGACUCUCACACACAGUCAGAAAUACUCAAGACAGCGGACGACUCCUCAGCAGACUGGCCGGAUCCGGGCCUCCUCUGGCCCAGAGCCACCCAGUUGCCUUAUUAGCUUCACACACCACCACACACUGCUUCUAACCCCUGAACACAACACACACACCUCUUCAGACUCCUGUGCUGCUGAGUGUGCACUGCAUAUAGAAUCAGUCAGAAUGAUGAGGUCUGGUGUGGAAUGUCUUAAAGCUGCUUCUAAUGGUAGAAGUGAAAGUUUGCUUUAUGGGCCUUUAAACUCAGUUAGAGUCGGUUGGUUAGUAAUGGCUGGGCUUUAAAGGCAUAAUCCGUGAUUCUGCUGAAAGGUCGUUGAUAUUUAAACUCAUCAGCCAAUCAGAUUGUGCCCCUCCCAAGUUCCUGCCAUUAUCCAUAAGCACCGUGUUUGUUGGGUUGGAGUUACGGGCUGUGCAUUUAAAGGAGCACUGAAGAGCCCCCAGAGGGGGAACAGUAUGUUAGCACUGCUGAGUCACACACACACACACACACACACACACACACACACACACACACACACACUCACACACAUGCACACACACACACACACACACACACACACACACACACACACACACACACACACACUGAGAGACUGAGUUUUUAUGCAGGAGCAGUAAAGUUUAUGGUGCGUGGCGUGUGAUUAAGUGUGUCCAUGCUGCUGGAAGAAAGAGAGAGCAAGAGAGUUAAUGAGAGAAGAGAGAGAAGAAAGAGGGAGAGAGGGAGGGAAGAAAAGAGGAGAGUCAUUGUUGAAUAUGUGAGUUGCUGAUGGAGGCAGACAUUAGCAAGAGGAGAAAACCGUCCUCACUGAAUUUGGCCUCAUCCUCAACCACGACCGCCUUACAUUCAAAGUGUGCUUAAGUGUGUGUGUGUGUGUGUGUGUGUGUGUGUGUGUGUGUGUGUGUGUGUGUGUGUGUGUAUGUGUGUCAAGAUUACGUAAAUUGAGCAACCUGAUUCUGUCGCUUCUGUUCGCAAGCACCGAGGCACAUCGUCCACCCUUGAGCAGAGCCCUGGACACACGCACACACACACACCCUGGAAGACGCUGUGGAGAUCAAACUUCAAAAGACUCUCAGUUCAUUAGGACUAAGUCAAACGGAUCUCAUUGGUCAGGGCGGGACCGUUCUGUUGAGUGACCGGGCCUCAUAUUCUCAGUGCCUCAUUCCGCUCUCUUAAAGCACUUUAAAAUGGACCUCCUCCCUGACUUUCGCCGUGGUGACUGAAUCCCUUAGAGCGCUCAAGUGAUUGACAGAUCCAGGCUAACUACCAAAUAUAUGCAGCAUCUCAGAUGAGGCAAACAUCCAGCCCGCCGGCCUGUGUCCAUAGCAACCCGAGCCCAAGGCCCAUCUCGGUCUGCAGCACCGUCCUCCGAGCGCCCGGGUCAACACCGGCGCCGAAGGAAGGAAGCACAACACGCCCGCUCGCUUUUGACAGCAUGUGUCAAAAAAUAACUUCUUGAUUGCUUCCUCACCGAGGAGGACUCAAUCUGGAGCUAUUUUUUUUUUUUCCUUUUGUUUAUUUUUUUCUCCUUUACUCUGUUUUUGUUUUGUUUUGUUUUUGUGUUUUCUAUUUUGACAUGUGUCGCCGUGGAAACUCUGUGGCGUGUUCCGUCUGUUUCCGAGGUCGAUUAGCAUGCACAAACACACACACACAUACGCACGCACAUCAUAAAUAUUUACCGGCAUCAAAAAUAGAAGCUCCCCAAACGAGACGACGCGUAUGCUGUUCCGCGUCGUUCCCUCCCCAAUUGGAGUACCGGAGAACCUCGCUUCUGUCCCAGAUUAUUUAUCCGGAGGUUCUAGAACACCGUGAUCCCCUCUUCUCCGCCACUGCCGGUGCCGCUGCACGGCGUAAUUGGUACGGCGGUUUGGGGCCGGCAUAACUAAUAGCACAGGCACAGGAAGUCACAUUCAUAUUCCCAGUAAGUGUGAAAUAGGCAUCCUAUUUGCAUUGACAGAUUGCUCCGAUGAGGCCAAAACAGGUUUGGAAUAAAUGUCACACCAAUUACUGCAGGGACCUGUGUGUGUGUAUGUGUGUGUGUGCGCCUGUGGUAUCUAAUGAGUGUGCCAGACAGUGCUAGCAUUGGCAAAUUGAAAAAUAAAAAUUGUGUGUGUGUGUGUGUGUGUGAGCCUGUGUAAGGUGAGCAUGCGGUGUGUGUGUUCAGUGUGUGUUCAUAUAUUUGCUCUUAUGUCUCUCCCCUUAAGUCUGUCGCACACACACACACACACACACACACACACACACACACACACACACACACACACACACACACACACACACCUACAGACACACAUGCACACAACAGUUAGAGAAAAACCUUCUUUGUGUGCUAUAUUCUGUGUUCUCGUCAUUGUUCCGUUUUUGUUUGUUCAGUUAUGUGCGCUCAGUUAUGUCCAGUCUUUGUUUCACUAUUGCUUUGCCGUUGAGUCCGUCGAAGUCAAACGUAUGAGAUGCCGUGAACGGUGAACGUCUAGCACCAAUUGGCCAAUUAACCUUCGUUCAUCAUCUGGUUUGCACUGUUGCACUGCUUUUCGAGUAAUUGUAAUUUGAACACCAACCAGUACAGCAGUGAGAGCUUUGUUUAUUAUAUUUCAAUGAGAGCUUGUGUAUUAUACUUCUUUGAGAGCUUGGCCGUUAGCCUCUGCAGUCAUUGUUAUUAUGAAGUCUGCCUUAUGCCUAAACUUAAAUAACCUGUGCCUCUUGUAGUUGUCUAUACUAUACUCACAUAUAUGAAUAUAUAUUUUGCAGACGUUGUUUUGUGUAUAUUAUUUGAAAGGACGUGUAUGUGCUAGUGUGUAAAUGAUUAUCUUAUGGACAUUUUUUUGUUUUUAAUUUAUUACACAUUGGGCAAUGUGUAAAUGAAGAACAUUUCAUUGUUUUGUAUACUGAUGUAUUCUUCUGUGUCUGUGUAUGUAUGUGGCGUUCAAUGAAAAAGGACUAUACUCCA